GAUUCGUUCAAAUUUGAGACUCCUAUGAAUCAUGGCAAACAAAUACAAAUCUAUAAUGAUCUUGGUACUUCAGAAAGAAGUUUAAUUCAUUUGAAAAAUGCAUUUCGUCAUUUAACACUGAAUUAUUCAAUUCAAGAAAUAAACGGUACAAUGAUCAAUAAUCAACAUCUUAUUCAAACGGAUUUAUUAUGCUUCGGUGGUGGUUAUGAUUUAGGCUAUUUAAAAUCGCUACAAUUGACUGGUUGUUUAAAAAUACACAAUUUUAUUAAACAUCGAAUGGGUAAAUAUCUUGGAAUUUGUGCUGGUGCAUAUUUCGCUUGUGAUUAUUGUCAAUUUGAUGUUGGCGGUCCACUUGAAGUGUGUGGAGAAAGGCAUAUUAAAUUAUUUGAAGGUAUUGGUUCCGGUCCAGUUUUUCCCGGUUUUCAAUAUAACAGUGAAAUGGGCAGUUAUGCAGUUUCUAUACAAGCUGUAUCCAAACAUUUAAUACCACAAACAGCUAUAGUAUAUUAUAAUGGAGGAUGUUCAUUUGAAUUGGACAAUUGGACGAAUUCAAAAGUUUUAUAUACAUAUUCAACUAACGGGAAACCAGCUAUUAUUUAUUCAAAAUUAGGCAAUGGUUGUGGUAUUUUAAGUGGUGUUCACAUGGAAUAUGAUCCAUAUUUAUUGGAAAAACAAUUAUCUAAGAACCGUGAUGCUGAAACGAAUAGCAAUGUCGUGGUGGAUACCAUGAAGACGUUUGAAUUGAUUGAAAUAUUGAAGAAAAAUAAUUCAACUCGUUUGCAAUUAUUUGAAAAUUUAAUUAAUUUACUGUUGAAUACAGGAUAAUGAUUCAAUCUCAGUGUAAUCCCUUCUCAUUCCUCACUUGUCCUUCUUGUUAGUUUAAUCGUUUUUUUUUACCUCGUCCGUUCUUUUUUUGUAUAUUGAACUAUACUACUUAAAUAAUAUUCAAUAGUGUGCAAUAUGAUCGAUCACAUGUACUUCUAAUCAUCAACAUUUUCAUAUAUAUCCAAUGUUUGAAUCUAUUUUCUUGUUUGUAAUGGUUAUGUAAAAU